AAUGCACGUAGAGACGUUUGUCCAAUCACGUUCAAGCUGCUCUGGUUCGCUUCCUGGAUUCGAAGUGCACGUUUUCUACUCGCCACUCUGAUUCUCUUCCAGAAACAACGAGCUGAUGGCAAAAGACAAGUCUUUGAAAAAAAAUCCCCCCAAAGGAAAGAAAUCCAGUUUUAAUGAGGGAGAAGAAGCCAUGGAAACUAAAACCAAGAAGAAGAGAAAACACGUGGAAGUAGAGGAAGUUCCAGUUCAGAUUCCAUGUGUUACAAAUCCAGAUGAGGAAACAAGCAAAAAGGACAAAAAACUCAAGAAGAAGAAGAAGAAAGAGGCAACAAGAGAAGCUGAUUUGGAUCGAGCUGAGCUUCCUGAGGACGACGGGGACCCCGAAGGACCUUUGACCCCUGAAGAGAAACGGGUCCUGGAAAGGAAGCUGAAGAAAAUCCGGAAAAAGGAGGAGAAGAAGAAGCUGAAGGAAUCCGGACGGGCCGACCCAAAACCCGCAGAACCCGGACGGAGCGCAUCCAAGCUGGCCUUGGACUACCUCACAUGCUGGGCGGAGAGCCGUUCGGCCUGGAAGUUUCAGAAGAUCCGGCAGACCUGGUUACUGCAGCACAUGUACGACUGCGAGGAGGUUCCAGACGAUACAUUUGUGGUUCUGCUUCAGUAUCUGGAGGGACUGUUUGGACAAGCGAAGGAAACGACGGUCCAGAAGGCCUUGGCGCUGGUGGAGGAAUCCGGAAAGGCGCCACAGGACGCGUCUGUCCAGCAGAGGGCGCAGCGGGCCAGAGAAGUCAUCCAGCUCUUCUCCUGACCCUGAGGGACUCCUGCACUGACAUGAGGCAGGAAGAGACCCAACCAAGGCGCGCUGCUCCCUGUAAAUAACAUCCAGCGUGAUUUUCUGUGCUACUAAAACCUAAAAACACAAACUCUUCCUCAUGUUUGCAACAUUUUGAAUCUCAAACUAUUUUUCAAAAAGAUGAUUUGAGUCUUCCAGACGUUGUUUUCACGAUGAGGCGAACGAUGAAAAGCUGGAAAAUCAGGAAUGUUUAUGGUUGGGACAUGUUGGGACACGUCAGACCUGUAAACAGGUCCAACUGACACGACGCUGUAAAACUCGCUGCGUUAUUUUAACUCACCCGAACCAUAACAAGCUGCUCAAACAGCAUUGUUAUAUACGACUUCUCAUCUGUUUUGAUCAGAGAUUUACAUACACUCAUAACGAGAAAGAAUGCCACAUUAUUGUAACAGUAUUUUUUCCCCAUAAAGAGUAAACAACUUCACUGUUUUA